AUGUCUCAACGACCGCCAGGUCCUUGUAGGGCCUUCAAGACGCCUCAGGGCUGUCGAUUUGGCGACCGCUGUCGAUACUCUCACGAUCGCGGCCCUGUGCCAUUGUCGCGGGGGUCCCCCUCGCAGGGCUCGCCAUCGCCAGCAUCGCCGCCAGCACGCAGCCGUUCGCAAACCCCUCUCCCUCAGACUCCUCAAACACCCAAGAAGGUCCUCGAUGGGCAGUCGGCUCCUGGUACGCCUCGCCUCCCCCAAACGGCCCCCAGUACCGUGCCACGUAACGUGUGUCAGUACUUCUGGUCUACUGGCGCAUGCGCGAGGGGCUUCGAGUGCUCCUUUCGCCACGUCAAGCAAGCCAUCGCGCCCGGACCUGCAGAUCAAUCGACGCCCGACGCGUCACAACCCUCAGAACAACCUGAAGUCGAUUUCUUUUCUACUGAAGGUCUUACUGCUGGCAUCGGGUCUGCGCCGGAAGGCCGGCACACUCUCAACCCCAGCGAGGUCCACAACCACCUCAGAGACUUCAUCCGCGACAAACAUCAUCUCGAAAAUCCAGGUCAGAUCAUGGGGUUCGUGAGGAUUUUGGCUAGUGUCAAUGAUAGCAACAAGACCUGGGAAUUCUUGGAGUUCGUAGUGAAGGGAGACGCGCUUCAUCGUAUCGGCGAGAUCUUACGAUUUGAACCUGUGAAGACGUCGAUCGGGUUUGGAACAGGUGCCCUCUCGUUCCAGAGCGGAUACUUCCCCUUGUUCCAGUUUUUUGCGUCGGACCUCGUCCUCAAGUCGACUUUGCACAAGAAUAUCAAUCAUCUGUAUUCCAUUAUCAAGAACAAUCACGAAUCCAUCUUCGCGACGCUCGAGACUUGCCUAGACGAGAUGAUGGCCGCUCAGUCCUGGACGGAUCGAACACCCAAUCUCCUCCCAUCCCUCCAGAACAAUCUCGAUGGCCUCAAAAUCUUCAGGACACUAUCCGUCGUUCUCCUACAGUACUUCAACCGCUACAAGGACGCUAUACGCAACCACUCCGCCGACGUAGCCCAGUUCAUCCAAGACUUCGCGGAUUGGUUCGACAUCUGGGCCGAAGAGGUCUCUGAUCCCGAGCCACGGUUUGCGGACUCGAUUGCCCAUGCGAUCCCAAAAAUCCGCGAACUGGGCAUCUCCCACGUUCGCGAAGACAUCCAACGCCUUCAGGAAAUCGUUCAACGAGAGUCCGGCAUCGCCCUCGCCGGGCAGCUGGCUCAGACUUACGACCCUCCCGGCAACCUGCGUCUUGAUGGACGGCGGCACGACAACGACUUCACCAACAUCGCGGAUAUCAGGGUCGCCCCUACACACGAAGAGCUCUUCUCCCCCGUACAGCCGUACCUUCCUGUUUUCCGGCAUGACGCCCCCCACCACCUGCCUGUAAAUUCUAUGGAACGACACCUCGACAUCCAGUUCAGGCUAUUGCGAGAGGAUCUGAUAUCUACUACUCGUGCAUCGAUGGCCGCGAUCCAAGAUGAUCUCCUGACGAUCUGGCAGCGCCGUCCGAACAUGAAGCGCGCACAGAAGACGAAGCUGGAAGAGGUUCUCGAGAAGAAAGGAGGGGCGUAUCGCACCAGCGGAUACGACUCGGUCUUCUUCCAGAUCUACACGAACGUUGAGUUCCUGGAGCAACCUCCCAUAGCUCAGCGACGCGGAGUUUGUGUUACCCUGGUCCUUGAUUCUCCAGCGGUGGGCUCCGCGCGCGAGAAGGACGCGAAGAAACGCUACGACUUCUGGGAGCACAGCAAACGUCUGCAGGGGUCGAGUCUCGUCGCACUCGUCGUGGUCUCCGACCGCGCCAUCCGAGCCUACCUCGGCGUCGUUUCCUCUUUCGGCAAGGAUAUCGCCGAGUCGUCGAAACAUGCCAAGGAUCGCAUCCAGCUGCAGGUCGCAUUCUUCGACGCCGACGUCGAGCUGAAGGCGUUACAGGGCGAGCGGCUUUGCAAGAAUGCGUCUUCGUACGCGUUCCUGGUUGACAACAGCGUCAUGUUCGAAAGCGUCCGGCCGUUCUUGGAGAGGAUCAAGACGAUCGAGCCGACGGCGAUUCCUUUCGCGCGCUACAUCGCCCCCGCUGAGUCGAUCAAGGAGGUCGCUGUCAUGCCGCCCAAGUACGCGCGGGUCCCCGCAUUCCGGUUCAAGCUACAGUGCUUGGCUCAGAAGGGGAAGAUCAUCAACGACCUCGACAUCUUGAACCCCGCGGCAGUCGCAAGAGCUCGGCAGCAGCUGAAGACGAGCAGCGUGCUGGAUCCUAGCCAAGCUGAUGCCGUUGUAGAUACCCUGACGAAGGAAGUCUCGCUGAUCCAAGGCUACACAGCGAAGGAGAUUCUUCGAGUGCUCUUCACAAGCAAGAUUCGGCCCAUUGUCCUCAUCGCGUUCACGAAUCACGCUCUCGACCAUAUGCUCACCUCCGUACUGGACGCCGGGAUCACCAACAAGGUCGUGCGUCUCGGUACGCGUUCCUCGGACGAGCGGAUCAUGCAGUAUACGCUCGACAAGCUCGAGAAGGUCGCCUCGGCUUCCAACUUGGACAGAUCAUUCAAGCGUCAGUACGCCGUCAUGAAGAAGCUGGAGGAACAGAUGACGAACGUGAUGACUGCGAUUCGCCUUCCUUUGCUCGACUGGGACAAGAUCGAACAAUACCUCGAUAUCCACUACCCUGAUCACGCCAACGCCUUCCGGAUGCCGCCGUUCUGGAUUGUAGCGCUCUCGGGGCUCAUGUGGGCGGAAGAGGGGGAGCUCGGCGAGUGGCAGGACGUCAAGAAGAAGAGUACGAAGAAGAAGGAGACCGUGGAAAGCUCCGUGCGAAACACGCUCUACGGAUUCUGGAGAGCGGGGCGGGACAUCCAGUACCUUCAGGUCCAGCCGCCGACAGAAGCGCCGCCUACGCAGAAAGGCAAAGGGAAGAGCAAGGACGUCGGCGUAUCGCCGCAGGACGAGUCCGAGCAGAUGCCGCUGCUGGCGAAUCCCAUCGCGUUCUUCGAGUCCCUGGGGUUCGUCGGGAUGAUGCCUCCGAUCCCAGUACUCGACCGACCCCUCGGCGACUUGCUCGAGCACUCGAGUGUUUGGGCGAUGUCGCUGACUGAGCGCACUCGUCUGGCUGGCGACUGGGAGCAACGCAUCCGAAUGAACGCGUACGCAUCGCAGCUGGACCACUACAAUUCCAUACGUGACGAUUACAAGGAGGCGUGCAAGAACUAUGAUGAUCUCAGGGACGAGGUUCGCUCACAUGCGCUUAGUGUUGGUCCACAGGUCCUCCUAGUCGAGGAAGCCGGUCAGGUCCUCGAAGCCCAUAUUUUGACAUCUCUUGUACCUUCCGUGCGCCACCUCAUAUGCAUCGGCGAUCCCCAACAACUUCGACCGACUCUCGCCACGUUCGCACUUUCGAUGGAUAGCGAACGGGGAAAUCAACUGUUCAAGUUUGACAGAUCACUCAUGGAACGCCUCGUAGACAACGGCUUCCAGAUGUCUCAGAUCAAUGUUCAGCGUCGGAUGCGCCCCACAAUUUCGCAUUUCAUCAGAACGAUUCUCUACCCCAAGCUUGAGGACAACGCGCUCGUGUACCAAUAUCCGGCUGUGCAGGGUAUGCAGAAGGACGUGUUCUUUUACAACCACCUCAACAAGGAGGGCGGCUCGGAUGACUCGGUAUCGAAGUAUAACACCUUCGAGGUGGAGAUGAUUCGCGAUCUCGUCAUAUACUUCCUGCGACAAGGCAUGUACAGCGAACCAGGCGAUAUUGCUGUUCUCUGCGCCUAUCUCGGACAGUUGACGAAAGUGCGUGCUGCACUCCGAGACAUGAAGAUCGCUGUCGCUGUCGACGAGCGUGAUGCAGAAGAACUCGCUCGACAAGGACUCGAGGAACAAAUCGACUUCGAGGAAGUUCUCGUCGCGAAACAUGUGCGCCUUGGUACCGUUGAUAUUUUCCAAGGACAAGAGGCGAAGAUCGUCAUCGUCUCGCUCGUGCGGAAUUCGGGGCAGUGUGAUACAGGUUCCGCGUCGAUUGGUUUCCUGAAGAGCUCGAACCGCAUCAAUGUCGCUCUUUCUAGGGCGAAGCAUGGUCUCUUCAUCCUGGGGAAUGCCGCAAAUCUUCGCAAGAAUGGCACCUGGUCGACCAUCCUCGACGAGAUGGAAGAUCGGGGCCAAAUUGGAACUGGUUUCCCGAUCAUUUGCCCCCGCCAUCCCGACCAGACCUCCUUCAUCACUAAACCGGGCGAACUCUCCAUCGUCGCUCCCGCUGGUGGUUGCCUCCUUCCCUGCGGUUUCCGCAUGAGCUGCGGGCACAUUUGUCCCUCUGCGUGUCACUCAGCGCCGGACAACCAUCGCAGCAUUCGGUGCCUUGCGCCUUGCAACCGCACUCCAUGUCCUAGAAACCACCCAUGCGCUAAGAGAUGCUCUGACGAUUGCGGAAGAUGCGAGUUCCCGAUGUACAAGGUCGUCCUUCCUUGUGGACAUACAGCUGCCAAAGUGUAUUGCUACCAGCUCGAGCAGCUCGCUUCAGUCAAAUGCACCAAGCAGGUUCGGAAACCACUCUCCAGCUGCGAGCAUUCAGCGGCUAUGCCUUGUCAUCGCGAUCCCGCCACUGUGUCCUGCAGGGAACCUUGCACAGGUUCUCUGGAGUGUUGCAGCAAGUCCUGCAAAGCCUCGUGCGGAGACUGCCAAGCGCUCAACCUCGAAGCCCAACGGGGCCAAGGAGGCAAGAUCGUGCGGACGCACCAUGUCCCCCAUCCCUGCGAGCGGCCGAUGUACUGUCAGCACAACUGCGGCAUCCCGUGCUCGCAGGACCACGAAUGCAACACGAAGUGUAAGUCGCCUUGCCGUCAGCAAUGCGUACACCACAGCUGUCCGAAGCCGUGUUCCGAGCCUUGCGCGCCGUGCAUGGAGCCCUGCAUUUGGUCUUGUGCGCACUUUUCAUGCCCUGUUCUCUGCGGUUCGAUCUGCUCGCGCCUACCGUGUGACGAGCCUUGUACCAAGAAGCUACGUUGUGGUCAUACGUGCCCAUCCGUCUGUGGGGAACCCUGCAGUGAUCAGAGGUGCAUUAAGGCGGACAUCGUGGACUUCAUCAUGCAACGACGGCUCGAGGAGAUCGACCUGGAGUCUUCCGACGUGAGCGACAGGCUCAUCGCUCUGGCAUGCGGACAUAUCUUCACCGUGGAGACCCUCGACGGGCACUGCAGCAUGAGCGAGUAUUACGAGGUGGAUCCGAUGGGGCGCUUCCUCUCGACGAAGUCACCCCCAGUCAACUAUCAAUCUCCGCCGACGUGCCCGACAUGCCGAGGGCCGAUCAACUCUCUGCGUUACGGCCGCGUCACGAAGCGUGCGACGCUCGACAUUCUCGAGCAGAAUGUAGCGAGCACAAUGUCUGGCGAUCUAGAUGCGUGCAGCCCUGCAGUUUCCAAGUUCUCAUCGUCGCUCCCCGCCCUCGAAGAUCGAGCCAGGAAGUUGCCCAUUGGCACCAAGAACGAGGACUCCGACGCCGAGGACGCACCACCGCCUUGGGUACAAGACCACGGGCCUCUUCCCGCCACGGCUUUGAACCUCAACGCUAUGCAGACGGUACACGGACUGCCACUCGAGGAAGCUCGCGCCUGGAACCAGAUCGUCCAGAACAUCAUCGGUACCUACCGGCGUGUCAUCACCAUCGCUACUACCCGUGGCGCUCACGUCAAGGCAUACGAGUCCGCGCUAACAACACUCUAUCGUUUGGAAAUGCAGCAGAUUACCAGCGACCCCGCCCGAGCUACCGACGCGCCCGAGCCAUUGGCCCUCAAGAUUGUUGAUCACAAGAUCGGGCAGCCCCCUCCCAAGGCGGACGUCCGCUUCCAGAUCGAGGCAUAUUUCCUCUCUCUCGAGAUUCGCUCGCUUAUUGCCCAAGUCGCACGAGCACGCGUUGAGGCUCUGUCCAAGACGUCGACCGAGGCCUCCACCAUCGACCAUCAAGCCCUGUGGACGACGUUCGUGGAUUUCCUGUACUCGUCUUGCAUCACGGACGCGAAGAAGGCUCGGGAUCUUGCUGACAAUUCGUCGGCCACACGGCAGGCCGCGCGUGCGUCUCUACUCGUCAUUCGUUACGAGUUCGAAGUCUUCCGGUGGAGGAUGCAGUGCAAGCGGACCGAUCUCUUCCGAGAGGGCGCUCUCGACGAGAACGCGCGGAACGAACUCUCGCGCGAGGUGAAAGCGCACAAGUCCAGCAUGUCGAGGUCCCUCGAUACGGUCCAGAAGGACUACAUGCGCAAGCGUCCGUCUAAGACCAUGGAAGACCUGAAGGCCGAGCGGAAGUGGCUCGAGGAGCACUGUCAUCGGAAGGUCGAGGCUUGGCAGGGCGAGUGCGAUGCGCUCGAGGAGUUCCUCGUCAAAGGGGGAUUCUACCAGCCGUUGUCGCUGCAGGAGCGUGCGGAUAUCGUGAAGGCAUUCGGAUUCUCGCAUCGCGGGCACUUCUACAACUGCGAGAAUGGGCACACGUUCGUCAUCACCGAGUGCGGAGGCGCUAUGGAGGCUUCUAAAUGCCCUGAAUGUAACGCUCCCAUCGGAGGUGCUCACCAUCAGCUUGUCUCGUCCAACACUCGUGCCAUAGAAUUCGAGAACAUCGCCAGACAGGAAGGUUCCUUGGAUGCACCGUGGCCGUGGGCGCGUGGCGCGUAGGAUCGUUGUGGACAAGAUAUGCAGCGGCAGAACGAUACGCCACGUGUAGGAAGGCGAAGAGCGCAGGAGAAGUAUAGAAUGCACGCAACGUCUAGACCAAGAACCCUCGUACCCAUCAUAUGUCGCUUUCAAGAUUCGCAGUCCGUGUCGUUAUAUACAUGUAGAGUCAUAUUUGUACAAGUAUCCAAUUCAGAGCGCAAUCGAAUCCUAUCUGUAUCCCGAUCAUGAAGCCAUCUCAAGGUCAAGGACCCCAUUACCCGAGCGAUGGAAGAUAUCCGGGUUAGGGAUCUCACGUAGAGGGAGCGGCAAUCUCUCCCCCGAGUCUUCGUCCUGCCUCGGCGCAUGCGCAAACUCAUACACAAGCAAAUCAUCGCUGUCCUCCUCCGCAAUAACCAACCUCCCAAUCGUCUCGUCCCAGGCAAACGCGAUCGCCUUUGUCCCGUCCCACGGCGCAUCCCCAAACGUCGCCUGCCGCCUCUUCCCCGUCUCUGGGCGCACGAACCCCUCCGCGUCCAUGAUGUGCGGCUGGUGCAUCCCGCGGUCGAUCCAUGGGCGGAUCUCGCUGAUGGGCGGCGCGGCCGUGAUGUCGUCCCAUGGGGUGUACACCAGCAGCGGGCGCACGACGCCCGGCAGGAUGCGCACGCGCGCGUCCGCCUGCGCGUCCUUUUCGAACAGGUCGUUCUUCCCUAGCGGAUAGUGGUACAGCACGCGCGGGCGCCGCGGCUGUGAUCGCUGUGGACGGCCUCCGGGGGGCGUGGGCGGGUACUCGACGACGAUGCGCUGCGGGAAGAAGCGCGCGAGCACGAAGCCCUCCUCGUGCACGCGGCGGCAGUACACAGCAAGCGGGGGCG